UGAACGGUCCGAGCUCAGUUCACCUCGGUACGUCGAAAGCGCGUGUCUGGUACCGCCGGAGGAAGAGGGAGAGAGAAGUAGCGAGAGUGCGCGUGCGUUGUCAAUCUUAUUUAAAUGCGUACGGUACGCGUGCGAGAUAAACUAGCGAGAGCAUAUUUCUACACGCGGCUAUUUGCCCCAUCGACGACUCACGGGAGGCGGUUGUAAUAGUUGUAAUCGUGGUAACGGUAAGAAGAGAAACAGUGUCGUGAUCAUCGAUCACCCUCUUCCGUCAGAAGAUAACUAGUCAUUCACCGUUGACAGUCGUCAUGAAGAGCAUUGUGCAGGUCGCAGCUCUGUUUACCCUCCUCUUCAUCGCUCCUGGUGGAUGCAGGCCAGAAACAGGAGAUGCGUAUCUCGACGACGCCGAUUACGCAGAUGAAACAAACUCGCAACCCGAUCCUGAGCCUUCGGAAUCUUCGGAGAUCCUCACGAGACCUCUAGCGCUGCGAGUGCACGUAGGCGACACAGUGAUCCUGCCUUGCAACGUGUCAAACUCGGAAAACGUUGUGAUCUCGUGGUACAAGGACGGCGAUGUCAUUUACUUUGGUGAUUAUUCGUACACGGCAGAACCACAUCGGAUCAAGCUAGAAGGAAACGGCAGCUUGGUCGUAAACGACUUCAAACAGAGCGACGAGUCCGACAAUUACAAAUGCACCAUCACCGGUACAAAUCAGGAAAUAAGUCACUCAGUUCGUAUCUACGUUCCUCCUGCAACUCCUACAACUGCCGCCACUCACACCGGAAAAUUAAUCGUUAAGCCCGGCGAAUACACCGUAGUCCAGCGGCCUAACACGAACGUCACCCUCUCCUGUUUCGCCGACUGGGAGCCGAAGCCAAAACUGAUCACGUGGUCCUUCCAGGGUAAAAGGUUAACCAGCGACGAGUUCCCGCAGGACGGAAGUAACUACACCGUCCGCAACGUUGCCAUGGAAACUAUCGGACUUUACCAGUGCCUCGCGGGCAACGAAGUCGGAAAGAUCAACGUCUUGAUUAAGCAUGCUCCCAGGAUCGAGGUGAAGCACAAACGCAUUCAUGCGGCGGUAGGAACUGAAUCGGAGAUAAAGUGCACCGUCCGCGCCUAUCCCAUGGCCGAGGUUGUCUGGAUAAGAAAUGGAAUGAAAAUCACGAACGGCAAGAAUAAAAGCCGUAUACCGAUAAGCGCUCUAGAGGCUAAGUACACCCUCGCAAUCAGCCGCACUAUGGAGGAUGACUUCGGAAAUUACACGUGCCGAGCGACAAACAAGAUGGGGACCGCGAAUGCGACCGUCGAACUUACAGGUACCCCCGCAGAGGCUAAGUUCAGCGGACUCGACAGCGCACCCGAUAAGGUUACUCCGAUCCUUAAGUGGAUCGUCAACAGCCAUGCCCCGAUCCUGGAGUACGAACUCAAUUAUCGUCAGCGAGGUGAAGAUACGUGGAAAACCGUUACACCAAAGGUCACCGAAGCAGCCUCGGGCACUCCAUACAUCCUCGAGUACCCCUUGGAAGGUGUUGAACAGGGUUCGUACGAAACUGUACUCUACGCUCGGAACCAAUACGGAUGGUCACCCCGCGAUUCAAAGAUUCACGAAUUUUGGAGUGAUUAUUAUCAGAGCCAAGAUUUACCGGCAAGUGGAGAGUCAGUAUCAGGUGGUGAAACGGCGAGUCACCAAUUCCUCGUCUUUUCGAGAUUGCUAAUCUUAGCUGCUUCACUCCACGUCUAUACCACGUAUCUUUAACCUACUCGGUGUAUCGAACGACGUAGGUAAAUUGCUACAGCCAAAGCGUAUACACCGUAUACACCGGUCGCCAAACUCGCCUGGUGGAUAUAUGUAUAGUAUAUAUGCGUAUCUACCGCACAGCCUCUCAGAAGACAACGUUGAUUACCGUAGGUUUUUUGUUGGUUAUUAUACGUAUACGUAUACAUACAAAUAAUUUUUAUACUCGCUCUUCCUUCGUUCCAAAUCUUUUCGUUUGAAUAUUUAUAUAUGUUAUAUAUAUCUAUCAUAAUGCAAAAUAAAAAACCUAGGGCUGAAAAUAAGAAAAAACAAUAAACAGCUAAAGUGCUGCAAUUUUCAUACUUACAUUAUACAGGGCCGAACAGGUACUUAACGAAUUUCUAAUUUUCUUACGUUUUUUUCGAAUUGGAAGAGCCCAUGUCGACUGAUGGUGAUUUACGAUUUAAAAUUCACGAUGUCAGAGAGACCAUUAUUAUUAUUAUUAUUAUUAGUUUUACGAUUAUUAAUAUUAGUUUUAUCAUCGAUGUAAUAUAAUAUUAUGUAUACAUAUAUAUAUAGUUCAAGGAUAUAUAUAUGAUUGUACAUUUUUAUUUUAUUAUCUUUAUUUCAUAUUUAAAUCAACUAUUCAUCUUCUUUAACUUGAUCUGUACUCCUGAUUUCUCUUGAAUGUGAGAAAAGAAAACCCACCCCAGAGAUAUAAUUAAUGAUUGUUUAAAAUAAGUAUAAGUAUACGGAAAAGAGAAUAAUUUUGGCUCUAGUUGAGACAUAGUAUUAAAUUAGUGUGAUGUACAAUCACACGAUUUCUUUCGUCACGAAAGCUUUAUUUUAGUCUAAUUGUUCAACAGAAUCUCGUAUAUAUUAUGUAUAUAUAUACAUAUUAUAUAGUAUAUUAUAUACAUACUAUACUAUAGACGUGUAAUAUAAUAUAUAUGUAUACUAUACUGUACUAUGUAUAUACACAAUAUGUAUAUUAUAUUAACACUGAUGUUUUUAUCAACAAAUUGCGGGUAUUAAACAUGAGCGAUUUUUAUCGAUAUUACGAAUUAGGUAAAUACAAAAAACACCUUGGCGUUACAAGAAAAAAUAAUCAAAUAAACAAAUAAACUGUAUCGAUGCACGCGCUAGGUGGUCGUGGGUGAGAUCGUAUGUAUAUUUAUUUUGUAGGUGUACAAGGAUAGACAAGCUGGAAAUAAACAGGGCGCGCCAUUCUUGGUGUUAGAUUCAUGUGUAAUUAGAUAUACCAAAGUAAUAAAAUGCCCAGAUGGCGGCAGAAAGUCCUAUAAUUAUUUUUUCAUGUUCUAGUUCCAUGCACCACCCCACGCUAUGUUUAUGCUAUGCGCCAAGAAUUUCCGCGCUCUCGAAAUCGUCCGCUUGACAUUCGCAGAACCUUAAAAGUUCUUUGAUCGCUGUGAUCAAAUGAUGAUAGUAUACAUUUCUCUCUCUCUCUCUCUCUCUCUCUCUCUUUUCUCAUACAGACACACACACAAACGCUUCUUCGUUAUUUCACAUAUCUUGGAUACGUAUAAUACAGUCAGUCAACCGCUCAUAUUUUGAUCGAUGACUAAUUGAUACAUCUUUCAAAUACUUAUGAUCAAAAUAUAAUAUACCCAACUACGAGCCAUGAUAUAUACCAAUAUAAUGUAUUUCUAUAAGUAACGUGCAUAUUUCUUGUCGAACUUGUUGAUAAUAGUUACAUUAUCGGAUAGUUUACGAUUCAAUUGACCUAUAUUAGAAACAUCGAGCACUUUGCGUUGAAUCUAAGCUAUGUCUGAUUGCUGCUUUCUGCUGUCUGAUAUUCCCUUUCCAUGAGGAACGACGACAGGUUUUAAAUAAUAUUCACAAUUCUUCUACCAGGCCAUAAAGAGUAAAUUGAACGGCGAGAGAACCGAAGGGAGGAGGGUCAGAUGGAGGGAGAGGGAAUGAACAGAGUAUGGAAUCAGGGUCCGUUAUACAUUUAAUCACAGCGGUGGAAAAUUUUGUUUCACUUUCAGUUUAGUGCUAAACUUAACCAUAUCACAUAAGAUAAAUUCACAAAGUUAUACCUAAUGUGUUGAUUUAACUAAUGUUGUGUUAUUUUUAUAAUUCUCUCUCCACAUUGACGAAUGUAACGUAACUCAGGAAACGACGGUUGAAUUCAACAGAACUCGUUAUUGGAGCGAUUCUAAAAAUUUCGAUAUCAAACAAUACAGACAAAUGAACGCAAUUCAAGUAGAGUUUCAAGGAUAUUUCAACCUUCAGCUGGUCAUUAGAAUUUGCCUAACGAGCGAGGUCUCUGACUAUUGUCGCCCGACAGCAGGGAAGAUAAUUUAUUAUAAAUUGACUAUUGAGUCUCAACGGGUGCCUUAUUUUAUCGAUUUGAUCGAGCAAACGAGUCUUAAUUAUGUGGGAGUCAAAUACGUAGUAUAAUUAUUGAAGUCAGAAAGACGGGAGUCGGGUAACUCUUUUUCAUCCUACAGCGACGAUGAUCGAGAUCGCGAUCAAGUGUCUUGCGUUAUUCAUCGUAUGAAAUUUUUACGCACAAACACAUACGAAAAUAUGCAUAGAUGUAACUAAAUAAAUUUACAUAAAUAUAUUUAUUAUAAACAUAUAUAUCUAAAGUUAUGUAUAUGUUAGCGAGGCAUUCUAUUUUCUACGUGUAAAGUUAUGUCAUGACGUAUGUGAGAAGGAAUAUUUUACCGAUGGGUAUGAGAUCUGUCAUAUGUGCCUACCUUAGAGUAAAUAUGUAUUGAUUUCUGUACGCUUCACGCAUACUUGUGCUCUGAUAUAUAUUCUGUAAUAUCCAAUAUAGUGAAUUAUUGUAUGAAAAGAAUAUACAUUCAUGGACAUUGUA